GCUUGUGAACUUAUUUUUUUUUUUGGAAUUAAUAAAUAAAUUAAAAGUAGGCUUUUGAAAUCAAAGGAAACUAUAUUUUUAUUUACAAAAAUACAAGCUAAAAUAAUUAUCUAAAAUGAAACAAAGUAUUCUAAAGCAAAUUCUUCAUCCUGGUGAUACAUUUCGUGUUAAUAUAGUCCAUAUUGAGAAUCCUCAACGUUUUUUUGUUAUAAAGUUCACUGAUUUAGAUGAACUUACUAAAUUAGAAUAUGAAAUGGAUAUUGAAUAUUCUAAAGGCAAACAAACUCAUAUCAUAUAUUUUCCAAAACUGCAUAUGUGCUGCGCACUGUGUAUCGAAGAGAAAUGGUAUCGAGGUAGUAUCGAAGAGAUAAAUGGAAACGGGCCAAAUGACAUCCGUGUACGACUAGUAGAUGAUGGGCGCUCAAUAACAGUGGGCUGGCAUCAAUUACACACCCUGAAGGACCGAUUUAUAGCUUGGCGAGAAUUUGCCUUUGAAUGUUCUUUAGCUGACAUCAAACCAUUGAAAGAAAACAACUAUAAGUGGACAGAUACGACCAUUACCGAAUUUAUUCGAAUGACAUCAAGUCUACAUUUACAAAUUACCAUCACAUCAAGCAAUCAAUUUCGAUACCAAGUCGUUUUGAAUGUUGAAAAGAGGUAUCUGGACAUCAAUUUAGGAGGAUUGCUGGUUAAAUGCAAACAUGCCUUAUCCACAGGUCCAAAUUCGGCUAUUAUCAGUCCUAGUCUGCCCUAUUGGGCUAAACUAAUACAAGAUGACAAACAACAAACACUUACAAGCUGGUAUGAGAAUUUUAAAAAGACUCUGAAAUCUUUACCAAUUGAUUCGGAAGACUUGGAAGACCUUGAAUUAUUUGAAAAAUUAAAUAUUUCAAAUAGUGAAAACAGUGAUUUACUUGAGAAUAGUACAGAGAUUGUACCUGAAUGGCUUCCUGCUGAGCCAAUAGAGAAGACAGUUUUUACAGCCUUCCCAACUUAUGUUGACUAUGAUGCCAGUAUAUACUUACAUGAUGCUGAUAAGCACAGCCUCCUCAAUUGGAUUUGUAAAAAAAAUAAUGAGCAAGUUAAUUCGGAUUUGGAUAGGUCAAUUGAUGACAAUUGGGCUCCUGGUGAAGCAUGUUUGGCACGAUAUUAUUUAGAUCGUUGUUGGUAUCGUGCUGUAAUUCAGCGUUCUUUGCCAAAUAACAAAUUUGAGGUACGAUUUGUUGAUUAUGGGAAUAUAGAAAGUUGUGAGGUGGUGGAUUUAUACCGGAUGACUCCUUUUGCUAAUAUCCCAAUUCAAGCUGUUCGAUUUACUAUUCAAGGAAUUCGUCCCAAAGAUGGUAGAGAAACAUUUGGUUUCAAUGUUUUGGAUCUUAUUCAUGGUGUUGUUGUCGAUAAGAUGUGUGCAGUUAUAGUUGCUUAUGGAGAGGAAAAUAAGGAUGUAAAAAAAUGUAGUAUUCGUUGUAAUGGCAAUGAUUUGGGAAAGUAUCUCAUUAAAAAUGGAUGUGUUAGUGUUAAUGACUAUGAUGAUGAAUAAGAAAGAAGAAAAAAG